CAGUUGUCACCUAGCUUAUCAAAUGUUUUUUAUGGUUAGUGAGCGAAUAUGUAAUUAUUUAUAAAUAUUCUUCAUGUCGCCCGAACUGCGAUAAGCCAGCGUCUCUAAGUAGGGAUGUACGCCUAGGAAAGCGGAAAGAUCAGUUGUUAGCAUGGGCUCUGUCUGGAAGCGCCUGCAACGGGUCAACAAAAGGGCGGCCAAGUUUCAAUUCACUGUGUCCUACCACCAGCUAGCCAUUGAAUUUACUUCAAAAUGGGAACCACACAAACUUUCAAUUGUAUGGACGCGAAGGUCGCGCCGGGUUGUUACACCUCCAAUGCAAUGGGAAAGAACACUGCAGAACACAUACAAGGCGCUAGUUGUGUGGCCGGUGCCCGAAAAUCACCAGGUUGCCAUCAAUCUCUUCAAAGGCCGCGGCAAUGACUUCGAGGAGAAGGACUGGCACUUUGUUAUUGAGGAUGUUGCAUCGACUGGAAAACGAAGAAGACUCGCUGUUACCCAAUUGAAUAUGGGUAAAUAUGCGAGCAUAGACUCAUCGCAACAUCCUCUACACUUGAAUCUUAAGCCAACGACGAAAAAAAUCACAAGCGCCAAGUUAGAAUGCACAUUAUCGUGCAUGUUCCUCCGUGAGGGGAAGGCAACUGAUGAAGAUAUGCAAUCAAUGGCUUCCCUAAUGUCGGUAAACAACAAUAGUGAUAUAGCUACAAUGGAAGACUUUGAGGAUGAGGAUCUAUCACAAGGUGAUUCUAUGAAGGCCAGUCUCAACGAAGUCACAGCACAAAUGCAGCUGAUGACAAACAGUUUAUCUGGUUCAGAUUUCGCAAGCACCCCACUCAGUGUUGCAAGUUUAAAUUCAUUAUCACGUCAUGAUAAAACGCCAACAGCGGAUGCGAUGUUAUCUCCCUCCGGGCGAGGAGAUGAAGCGCAAGGAAUAAAACUUAAUUUACCGCUUCCCAAAUGUGGUGAUUUUAUUGUGCCCGAAAGUGAUCCGUACUCUGAACUCUUCGAGAAAGAAAUCGACCGACUCGAUGAUCCUGCACUCGCGGAUGAGUGCGAUCACGAGGAGGCGAAGACGCCGAAGCCUGUUGCCCAGCCAAAACUACCAUCAGCCAACACCAUCAAGACUGCUAGCAAUAAUGUGAAAACCGAUCUAUCCCUCAAGUUAAAAGACUAUACACUUGAACCGAAAACGCAACAGAAAUUGACUACUCCAGGUCAAGAUUUACUCGAGUGGUGCAAAGAAAUGACGAAAGACUAUCAAGGCGUGAAGAUUACGAACCUGACAACGAGUUGGCGCAACGGCAUGGCUUUUUGCGCCUUGCUGCAUCACUUCAGACCCGAUUUAAUCGAUUUCGAUUCGUUAUCAUCGCAUAACGUACGCGGAAAUUGCAAGUCUGCGUUUGAUGCCGCUGAAUCGUUAGGAAUUCCGCGCGUGAUUGAACCCUCUGACAUGGAUAUGCUCGCCGUGCCCGAUAAACUCGCCGUGAUGACUUAUCUAUACCAACUAAGAGCGUAUUUCACAGGACACGAACUGGAACUACAACAAAUCGGCAAAACUUUCGAGGAAAGCAAUUAUGUUAUCGGAAGGUUUACGACCGAUAAAGACACAGAUGUAACUAAACAACUCUUCGGACAAGAAAUAAUAAAUCUGCGAAAUUCGAAACGAAACUUUAAGAAAGACAAAUCAAAAGAAAAGUCACUAUCUGAAGAAAAAGAAGAACCUGUGGCGAAGGAAACCGAAGAAAAGGACACAAAAACAUUAUCUGAACAAAAAUCAAGUUUACAUCUUGACUUAGCAAGAAAGAAUGCCCCAUUAAAGGUGCAAAUUGAGUCGAAACCCGUAAAAGUUUCGUCUGAAAAGGCUGUCAUAGUGGCAGUCACACAAAAGAAAGACGUUGAGGUCCCAAAACAAAUAUCCACGGAAAGUACGAAAGAAACAACUAGUGAGAAACCACCAUUGAUGACGCGUCGCGAAUUGACGGAUCCGUUUGGAUCGGACGAGGACGAACCGAACGAAGGUGAAAAGCCGGUGACGGAUAGUAAAAAGGAAAAAGAAGUCAAUGGAGGCCCGCCCAGCGCGAAUACUGUCGUGGAUACGCCACCCGCCGAGCUAAAACUGAAUGCUCACAUAAUUAAUCGCUACUCGGAGCAGCGAGAGCGCGCCAAGCAAUUGCUGGGACAAGUCAAACGAGAUAAUUCCACAACGCCAAAUCGGUCCGAGGAAGAAAGGCAAGCAGAAUUACGUGAACGUGCUCGUAAACUAAUAGCGCAAACACGCAAAGCUACAUCACCGACAAGCGAAAAGUCUUGUCCUGAUUUUGAGAGUAAGCUAAGGGAAUUGAGGGAGAAAUCAGAAGAUGUCGACGCGGAAUCGAAUGGCAUCGUCAAAUCGCCUGCACCACCCUUAUCACCGACCAAAUCUAGUCCGCUGCGCAAAGAUAUUACGCCUGAAAUGUUACCAAAUGGUUUUCGCUUAAUCGAUAUGGGUAUUGAUAUCGAUGUGGAUAAAGAAUUAGACGACCUAGAACGCGAACAGUCCGCAAUCGAUAAGCAAGCCGCCAAGUUAGAGAAGAAACUGCGCGCAGUGAUGGAAUCGAAUAUGAGUAAUUCCGAAGAAGAGGAGGCGCUCAUGGCGCAGUGGUUUACGCUUGUUAAUAAAAAGAACGCGCUAUUGAGGCGGCAAAUGCAACUUAACAUUUUGGAAAAAGAAAGUGACUUAGAACAGCGAUAUAAAUCCCUGAACGCUGAAUUGCACACAAUUCUCUCGAUUAACGAUUGGCAAAAAACUGACGAACAGCGAGCGCGAGAAAAGGAGUUGUUGGAUGAGCUCGUUGUGAUUGUGAAUAAACGCGACGAACUCGUACAUCAUUUGGAUACUCAGGAAAAGGCGAUUGAAGAAGACGACUUGAUUGAACAAGAUUUAUCACACAUGGAUUUCCAAAACAAGGACAAGUGCUUAAUACAAUAGGCUGCGCGUAUGCAACGUAGAGAUUAACAUUCUUUUAACGAGUCCCGAAAAUCGAAAUAUGAACCUUUUAAGUUAUUGAUAAAAUACAUAAAAUAUAUAAAUAGUGCGUAUAUAUAGAUUAACAACUUAUUUUUAUUAUGUGUAAAUGUAACUUGUAUGUGAGGCGAGGAACCGUUAGUCCAUAGUUCUUUAUUUAUAUUUUUCGAUGAUUUUGAAAUGAAAAAGACACUAUAGCUUUAAUUAA